AUGGGCCAGAAACGAGCGCGAGAUUCGAAGGGAGCGGGACUUCAGUCGAAGAAGCGGAAGAGGGCCGGCAAGGCCGCUGAAGCGGACAGCAACUGGGACGGCAUUGUUGGGGUGGACGACCUGAACUGGAAAGAAGUCGCUCUCCCCGACCGGCUUGAGGACGCUGGGGGGUUCUUCGGGCUGGAGGAGAUCGAUGGAGUGGAUAUUAUUCGGCCGCAGGGAAAUGGUGAGAUCAGGUUCAAGGCGGUGGCUGGAAAACCGAAGAAAUCGAUCCUGAAGAAACCGGAACCGGGAGAAGAAGACGGCGGUGCCGAGGAAUGGUCGGGCUUCAGCGAUAAUGAGCAUGACGGAGAGGUUACGGAUGAUCGUUCUCCAAGGAAAGACACACCUGUUCAGGAACAAGCGGAGGCAGAACCCGCGGCAGAGGCGAAGGAAGAGUCCAAGAAAACCGAGAAGAAGGAGUCCAGGAAGGAGAAGAAGAACAAGAAGAAGAACAAGGACAAAGAUGAUGAGAAUCAACAUGAUCGGGAGAUCAAAUCGGGCCUCUCCUUUGCCGCUCUCCAGGACGAGGAAGAGGACGACGGGGUGGACGUGUCUGAUUGGGAUUCACUUGGUCUUUCGCCAGAGGUACUAACAAGCCUGUCCAAGAGCAAGUUCUCGACUCCCACAUCGGUACAAAGAGCUUGUAUACCUCGCAUUCUUGAAGGGCACGAUGUCAUCGGCAAGGCCUCGACCGGAUCGGGAAAAACGCUGGCGUUUGGCAUACCUAUCCUUGAGCACUACUUGGAAAGCAAGAGAGUAUCUGAUAAGAAUGUUGGAUCGAAGAAGAAGCAGAAGGUUCCGGUGGCGCUUGUUCUGUCUCCUACUCGAGAGUUGGCUCAUCAAUUGGCCAAACACAUUGGAGAUCUCAUUGCCAAUGCGCCAGGCGCCGACGCGAAAAUCGCACUACUGACUGGUGGUCUAUCCAUCCAGAAGCAGCAGAGACUUCUUGCAGCGGGAGAUAUUGUCAUUGGUACUCCCGGUCGUGUAUGGGAAAUCCUCAGCUCCGGACACGGGUUGAUUCGCAAAAUGAAGCAGAUCAAGUUCCUUGUUGUCGACGAAGCCGAUAGACUACUGAGUGAGGGCCAUUUCAAGGAGGUCGAAGAGAUUCUGGGUGCCCUGGAUCGGGUUGAAGACGGCGAGGCGCCGGAUGAAGAGGAGAACAAGGACAACGAGGACGCCAAGGUGGCCCAAGAGGAACGGCAGACCCUUGUCUUCUCUGCUACAUUUCAUCGCGACCUACAACAGAAACUCGCAGGCAAGGGUCGCUGGACAGGCGGUGAUUUGAUGGAUAGGAACGAGUCGAUGGAGUACCUCCUCAAGAAGCUGAACUUCCGGGAGGAAAAGCCCAAGUUCAUUGACGUCAACCCUGUCUCGCAGAUGGCAGAAGGUCUUAAGGAGGGUAUUGUCGAAUGUGCUGCAAAUGAGAAGGAUCUCUUCCUCUACGCACUGCUUCUCUAUCACCCCAAACAUCGCACACUGAUAUUUACCAAUUCCAUCUCGGCGGUCCGCCAUCUCACGCAAUUCCUUCAAAGCCUUCAACUCCCCGCUCUUGCUUUGCAUUCGUCCAUGAUCCAGAAGGCCCGACUGCGCUCCUUCGAACGCUUCUCCUCCCCGACAUCCGACCCAGGGUCCAUCUUGAUCGCAACUGAUGUCGCUGCCCGCGGUUUGGAUAUCAAGGGCAUCGACUUUGUCAUCCACUACCAUGUUCCCCGGACAGCGGACACAUACGUCCACCGAUCUGGACGUACAGCGCGUGCUGGAUCGACAGGCAAGAGUGUCAUCAUCUGCUCGCCCGACGAACUGGUCGGGGUGGUGCGCCUGGCGGCCAAAGUCCACCACGCAUACAACAAGGGCAACGAACAGCAACCGAAGAAGAAACUCCCCCUGGAAUCCCUCGAGCUCGAUCGCCGGGUGAUUUCUCGCAUCCGACCUCGGGUGACGCUAGCGAAACGUAUUGCCGAGUCGACUAUCGCCAAGGAGAAGAUCUCCGCAGAAGACAACUGGCUGCGUUCCGCUGCUGAGGACCUCGGCGUCGACUACGACAGUGACGAGUUCGAUGAGGCCAAGGGGAAGGGUCGAGGCCGCGGUCGAGGCCGGCAGGAACGAGAGCGCAAAGCCGGCAGCGUGACCAAGGGGGAAAUGGCGGGCAUGCGGGCGGAGCUGAAGCAGCUCCUCUCGCAGCGAGUGAAUAUCGGGGUCAGCGAGAAGUAUCUCACGGCGGGUCGGGUGGACAUCGAGGCCUUGUUGCGAGGAGAGGGCAAUGCCUCGUUCUUGGGGCAAGUCGAUCCAUUGAACUUUUAG